UCGAAGAUCGUUCCGGCGCGCGUACGGCUUACCAGUGUUCCAGAGCAUCAAGCACUGCCGAACCCCCCAUUCCACCCAUCGUCCCACAUUCUUCAUGCGAAGCGAUUGAACAUUCGAACCCCUCGUCCAUCAAUAUCAGUUAAAUGAAUUGAUCGACCAGGCCCUUCGCGCUUCGACUCUCGAAAGACAAGAGAGAUCCCUAUCGCUCCGCACAAAUUGACAGUCACUGGAUAGCAACCAUGGCCUCCCGGCCCAAGUUUGGUGAAAGCCGGUCCCCCUCCCACGACGUCCUUCGCAGCGGGGCUCCGUCUCCACGCAUUGAGCACUACGAUGGUGAAAUUCCUCCUGCGCUCUCCCCGCUCGAUGCUUUCGCCGCCCAAGGUCGGCUCCUGGCCCGUCAGUUGGAGGAAUCGGCGCGAAGGAAUCGGCGCAUGAGCAGGUUACCCCCUUCCAGCGUGGCUCGUUCCCUGUCGCAACCUCGACCCGGCUAUUUUCGAUCCCCGUCUUCAAGCGAAUCCACCCAACGCAGAGGACCAGCAGGACGCAACGAACUAUCGAGACAACCUACGCAAAAGCUGAGUCCCGAAGUGGAGGAACCAAAAUUUCGUCCGCAGUCCGAACACCCUCGUCUGAGUGGGGUGUCACACCUGGCUAGUGAAAUGGAAGACUACUUCGAGGAGGAUCCAGAUACUACCCCGAAGAAGGAACCGAGCGUGAAUGCCUUCGACCUGCCACGCGCCGAAUCGCCAGAGGACGCCAUGUCCUCUCACAGCCCACCCGAAUCUCCGCCUGAAGGCCCUCGUCGUUUCUACGCAGUCUCCCCUACCGGUCUCGCGCCGGCUGGGGUGUCCCCUCCGCUGGGUGUCUCUGUGAUGGCGCCCUCCCGGACCUCCUCAACUGAUUCUGCCUCUCGCCUGAACAUUCCGCGAGGACUAGCACCUCCGGCCUCUCCACUGUCGAGGCCAUCGAGCAGUUCCCGAGGGACACAGCUUGAGAGCUCUGACGAUGACUACAGCAGCUCGAAUGCCGGGUCGACGUUUUCAAAGCCCCGGAAAAUGUCCGCUAGCAGUGCCGUGUCACUACCGUACUCUUCGAUGUCCUCUUCCGUAACUCGCUCUCAUCCUCGGUCGCCGUCCAUGAGCUCAGAGACCUCGAACACCGGGGGUUAUCUUCAGCGACCCUACAACUUUUCACGUCCUUUAAGUCGGUCCAGUACGAGUCUCUCGGCCCCCGGUCCCACGGGCUCAUCGGAGCCUUCGGCCAACAACCCGCAGAGCGCGAUCAAUCGCGGUCACAAGCCUAGCCCAAUUGUGGUGCCAGCUCCAUCGGACGUGCCUUUCAACCCCAACGAAGACCCAUCCUCUGCUGUAUCUUCGUACACCUACGUACGGUACUCUCUACCUCGUGGCCGCUCGGUUGCGAGGGACUCGGUAGUUUUUUCAAGCCUUCACACUCCUCACUUCGAGUGGCAGGAACCGCUAUUUGAGAGUCCAACUCGGCACAGCACCGCCGGGCCCCCUCAAUCCGUGAGGACCCCAUCUCCGUCUCCUUCCCACCAGGGUUCCUUCACCUCAAAGACGCGCUCAAUGUACGAAUCUCCCUCUUCGGCCCGUCAACUGUUGACUCCGGAGCCGCCUCUGCCUCGACCGACCCCGCCGUCUCCUGAAAUGAGGCCAUCCCAAACGGCGCCUGCCGAGCCUGAGCCUGAGAUCGAACCCGAGCCCGAAACCGAGCCCGAGCCUACACCCGAGCCUGCACCUGAGUCUAUACCCGAGCCUACACCAGCUGAGCCCGCUUCUAUUGAGCCUGAGCCUACCGAGGCUGCCCCUAGUGAAGCUGCUCCCAUGGAACAGCGGGACGCAGAGGUCUCAAAGAAUGAUCAUACCGAUGCCACCUCCUCCGCUGGAUCUGAAUCCACUGUCCGCCCGCAAACCGCACGGACGAAUACGACAUCGGCUGUGAUCACUGCGGAUGAGCAUGUAACCAAGGGCAUCCAGUGCCACGAGAAGGGGUCUUUGAACGAAUCGACGUAUCACCUGCGCAUUGCGGCUAAGCAGAAUCACCCGACGGGAAUGCUACUUUAUGCGUUGGCGUGCAGACACGGUUGGGGUAUGCGACCGAAUCAACGGGAGGGCGUGCAGUGGUUGCGCAAGGCUGUGGACUCGGUCGGUAUUGAACUGAUGGACGAUUCCAACCCGACCAUUCCUGUUCGUGCGAGGGAGCUACAGAAGGCUUAUCGGGCCCAGUUCGCCUUGAGCAUUUACGAGCUUGGCGUGAGCCAUCUGAAUGGGUGGGGCAUUGAGCAAGACAAGUCACUGGCCCUGCGGUGCUUUGAAAUAGCCGGCCAGUGGGGCGACGGCGACGCGCUAGCGGAGGCCGGCUUCUGUUACGCAGAAGGCAUUGGAUGCAAGAAGGACUUGAAGAAAGCGGCGAAAUUUUAUCGCCAGGCGGAGGCGAAGGGCAUCAGCAUGGUUGGGAAUAGUUGGAUCUACAAGGACAAGUACAUGGACGAUGAUUCCACCUCGACUUCACGUGGUCGUGGUCCGUCUGGCAGCACUCCAGAGAAGAAGCAGCGCAGCAAGUCCCGAACCCGCAGUCUUUUCCACCGGAAGAAGUCAGUUGCAGCCGAAGCAUAGGCGGUUGUACGACCCUCGUUUUUUUUUUUCCAGCCUCAGCAAAAAGAAAGCAAAAGCUUCUUGCCUUGGGCUUGGCAUGGUUUCUCAAGUCAACCUCAACGUGAGCUGUCUAGCUACCUGUUGAGGGACUCAAUUUUCUUUUCAUUCGUUCGGGCUUGGCCAUGGGCAGCCCUUUCCUUUC